AUGCUCUCAGCAUCUGCGGGCACCGCCUUUGUCCACCUCCUCAGCGGAGUCCGCUUCGGGGACCUUCCCUUGUCGAUCCAGCCAUUGAGGCAGUUUGAUGUGGCGACCGAAGCGCCGCUGCACUCGUGUUCGGCCUUGGCCAAAGAGAUGAGCAGCCGCCCCCCUUCUCAACCAUCCAGGAUCUUGGCCGCUGAAUUCCGACCCGGACGCAGCUGCCCCCUCUUGUCCGGUGAUGAGAGAGCGAUGGUCGUCAAGGAUGUAGCCGCCCCCUUUUUCCACUUCUCGGCUCAGGAGGUCGCCAUCCACAACGUGAGGCCCCCGAUGGACCUAUCCAAGCUUCGUGUUGCGUGGUCCCCGGAACGGCUGAGCCUUUUCACAGCCGGUGAUGCUGGCCGUUCCAGACGAAGAAGGACAUCGUGA